UGUCCCGUCAUCUUUGCACAGUGACGCGAACUUCUAUUCUGUCAUUUAUUUCAUAUUUUAUAAAAGUUGUAAUCGUCAAGUUUUGUAUUUAUCAUUUAUUACUUAUACUUUUAAGUUUGUUUGAUAGCUAUCGAGUGUUUGAAUUGAAUAAGAAAUAAAAAUGACUUCAGAAGUCACUGAAAUAACAUUCGGCUCAAUUGAUUACUGGGUAUUCGGUUUAAUGCUCGGAGUAUCUGCGACUGUUGGUAUAUAUCACGCGUACAGAGGCCGUAAAAAUCCGGAUGCUGUAAAAGAAUAUCUUGCGGGUGGACAAAAUAUGUCGAUUUUUCCUGUCAGUAUGUCUUUGAUAGCCAGUUGGAUUUCUGGUACGUCGUUGCUUGGGUUCACGGAAGAAAUAUAUGUUUACGGUACGCAGAUAUUGACAUCACUUAUACCGGAAGUUCUGAUAUGUUUAACUUUGAUAAAAGUUUUUUUGCCAGUUUUCUAUCAUCUGCAGAUCUCCUCCUCAUACCAAUAUUUAGAGCUUCGGUUCAAUCGCUACGUCCGACUUCUGGGUUCUUCGAUAUUUAUUCUCGAUAUGCUUUUUGCAAUACCGAUAAUAAUUUAUGUCCCGUCAACGUCAUUAAAUCAAGUGACUGGAAUAAAUCUUUAUCUGGUAACACCAAUAGUCUGCUUUGUUUGUAUUUUCUAUACGACGUUGGGAGGAUUGAAAGCAGUAGUUUGGACAGACACUAUUCAAACCCUCGUAAUGUUUUGUGGUAUGAUUAUUGUUUGUAUUAUGGGAACUUAUCAAGUGGGUGGGGUUGCUGAAGUUUGGGAAAGAAACGACGAGUCGGAAAGAAUUGAAUUUUUCAAUAUGGAUAUAGACCCGACAAUAAGACAUACUUUUUGGAGUAUUGUUAUUGGGAGUUAUUUACAUGGUGUUUCUGGUAGUAGUGUCAGUCAAAUAACUGUUCAACGAUACCUUGCGAUAUCCGAUUUAAAAAAAGCUAAUAUAACAAUAAUUAUUAUGUCAAUCGGGAUAGUGAGUGUCGAUCUUAUAACAUUUUACAUGGGAUUAGUUAUUUAUGCAUCUUUUUAUGAUUGCGACCCAAUAACAACUCAACAAAUCCGUAAAGCAGAUCAGUUAUUACCAUUUUUUGUAAUGAAAAUUGGGAAAUCAAUUUCCGGAUUACCGGGAAUAUUUAUUGCAAGUAUUUUUAGUGCAGCUCUAAGUACCAUGUCAACGGGAUUAAAUUGUAUGUCGGGAUUAAUUUACGAAGAUUUUAUUAAACCAUUGCUAAAAAAACCAUUGUCGCCAUCGGCUGCAACUCGGCUGAUGCGAGCUUUGGUCGUUAUCAUCGGUAUUACAUGCAUGGGAUUUGUUUUUCUUGUUGAAAAACUCAAUAGUAUUUUUCAAACUGCGCGUAGCUUAACAUCAAUAACCAGUGGUCCGAUUCUAGGAGUUUUUACACUGGGGAUGUUUUUUCCGUAUGCGAAUUCAAUUGGUGCAUUAACGGGUGCGAUAACAAGUUUAAGUUUCAUGGCAUGGAUAUCAUUCAGUUCCCAAGCAUUGAUAUCAACUGGAGCUAUUGAUUUUAUAAAAAAACCUGUUUCAAUAGAAGGAUGUCCACAGUCUUUACUAAAUAAUAUCACCCGUAUAUCCCACGUAAAUAAUUUAUUUAGCCAGGAAUCUUUUAUUCUAUUCCGAAUUUCGUACCUCUGGUACACAUGGAUGGGAUUUUUGUCUACGGUUAUCAUCGGACUCAUUGUUUCAGGAUUUACGGGAGCAAAUAAAUGUAAAUAUGAGGAAAAAGAACUCUAUACACCUGUAGUACAUUGGCUAUUGUUUCCAAAUAAAAAAACAAAAACGAAUGACAAAGAGCUCGAUAACACGAAAGAGAUUAAUGCAUAGCCAAUUGUUUCAAUAUAUUUUAUUAUUUAAUACUAAAAUAUGAAAUUUAAAAAGUAUAUUAAAAAUAAAAUUGUCCAAUAGCUGUACAAAUAUAAGUAUUUGUUCUUAUUUGAUAAUUAAAAAUAUAUCGAUUAUAUAUAAUAUUGAAUUAUUUAAAACAGUUGAUAUACAACAAGUUACAGUCACAUUUUAAAUAUCAAAAUAUAUUAUUAUCAAUAUUCAAAUAUCAAUUAAUCAAUUUAUUUAAUUAUUUAAAUUGACAUAAGACUAAAUAAUUGAGGCAGUGAGCAAACUCAAAAUUUAUUAUACAGCCGACACUUUAAAUAACUAGAUUAAAAUUUAAUAAAUCUCUCAUAGAUUUUAUCAACUAUUUACAGUUUAAAUCUGGACAUUUUUUACGAUAGUUCGGAUGAAGUUCAAUCAACGAAAAAAAAAACAAUCUACCGGAAAUAAAUUUAAAACGAGAGAUAAAUUUAAAAUAAACUGAAAA